CUCGGCGACCUGGGCGCGCCUCAGCGCUGGCUGACCGAGCCCGGCAGGAGAGGGGGUGUUGUGCCCGCAUCACCUCCGGGGGUCCUGGAAGCCGGACACCAUGGACGCCGUCUUAGAGCCCUUCCCGGCAGACAGGCUCUUCCCGGGCUCCAGCUUUCUGGACCUGGGCGAUCUCAACGAGGCGGAUUUCCUGAGCAAUGCGCACUUCCCAGAGCACCUGGAACACUUCACGGAAACCAUGGAGGACUUCUCCAACGACCUCUUCAGCAGCUUCUUUGAUGACCCUAUCCUGGCUGAGAAGAACCCACUGUUGGACAUGGAGCUGGACCCGCCCACCCCGGGCAUCCAGGCGGAGCACAGUUACUCCCUGAGUGGUGAUUCCGCCCCCCAGAGUCCCCUCAUUCCAAUCAAGACAGAGGACAACCCAAGAGAGCUGGAACACGGAGCCUGGGCCCUGGGGCAUAAGCUAUGUGCCAUCAUGGUGAAACAGGAGCAGAACCUGGGGCCCGAGCCACCAGGAGAUCAGCUGGCAGCCCCCUCACCAGUUGUGGUCCCGGGUCCGGUCAGCAGCGCCUCGGCCGACAUGCCGAUGUUUAGCCUCGGCCCGCUCCCCCGGCUGCCCGCCCCCCACGAGGCUCCAGGAGAGAUGGCACAGACACCUGUGAUCAAGGCUGAGCCCAGGGAGGUGAAUCAUUUCCUCGAGGUGCCUACAGAUGACUUGGUCCAAAUGCCACCGACACCCCCAAGCAGCAAUGGCAGCGACAGCGAUGGUUCGCAGAGUCCCCGAUCUCUGCCGCCCUCCAGCCCGGCCCGGCCCACAGCUCGUUCAUCUGCAGCCAUCUCUUCCUCUCCCCUCCUCACCGCCCCACAUAAACUCCAGGGGACAUCCGGGCCACUGCUCCUGACUGAGGAAGAGAAACGUACUUUGAUUGCGGAGGGCUACCCUAUCCCCACCAAACUCCCCCUCACCAAAGCUGAGGAGAAGGCCUUGAAGAGGGUCAGGAGGAAAAUCAAGAAUAAGAUAUCUGCCCAGGAGAGUCGCCGGAAGAAAAAGGAAUACGUGGAGUGUCUAGAGAAGAAAGUAGAGACAUUCACAUCAGAGAAUAACGAGCUAUGGAAGAAGGUGGAGACCCUGGAAAAUGCCAACAGAACCCUUCUCCAGCAGCUACAGAAGCUCCAGGCCCUGGUGACGGGCAAGCUCUCCAGACCGUACAAGAUGGCUGCCACCCAGACGGGGACCUGCAUCAUGGUGGUAGCACUGUGCUUCGUCCUGGUGCUGGGCUCCAUCAUGCCCUGCCUCCCGGAGUUCUCCUCCAUGUCCCAGACGGUGAAGGAGGCUCCGCUCCCCGCUGCCAGCGUGUACACGGCCAGCCAGAUGCCAUCCCGAAGCCUCCUGUUCUAUGACGAGGGGGCCAGUUCGCUGGAGGAUGGCUACAGCUCCCUGCUGCCCGUGGAACCCCCAGAGGGCUGGGAGACCAAGCCAGGUGUCCCUGAGGAGCAGCAGCCCCAGGAUCAUCUCUCCCACGGCCACCUGGCCAGCUCCCACGAGGCCACCAAGUACCUGAGCAAGUCCCAGCUGGAGGCCCCGGACGGGAACGACACCCGCCCUGACUUCAUCCACCCCAAGGAGCGCUUCCAUGAGAGAGAGACGCAUCCAAACGGCACCACCACGUCCUUGUAGCGCCCGCCAGAGCCCAGGAUACCGCCUGGACCCCAAGCCACUCAGAAGAAGGGGGACCUUACUCAACCUUCCCAAUCCGAUCCAUAUCUCUACCCACAACCGCCCUUCCUUCUUUUCCCUGACGGGUCUCACCCGUCCCAGGCAGGAGACUCUGGAAGGAUGGCACUGAGGGUGGGCAGGGGAGAGGGAGAAGAGGAAGGAGAAGGGGAGCCCUCGUCUUCUCUCUCUUCCCGUCCUGGCCUUGGAACACGUCACUCCUCCCAAUGCCCCUGUAGCCUCUCUCACCCAACACCACUACAAUUGAACUGUCCACUAGUUGGGAGCUCUCCAUUUUCUCUCUUCUCUCCAUCCCUGGCUCACCUCUGAUGUUCCCUUCCCCCUAACCCGAAGGACCUAUCCUUAGGGUCAGAGGGGAUGGACAUAGGCCCCGCUUCUGGGGCUGGAUUGUACAUAGACACCAUCAUCACACUCCCCAGCCCCCUCCCUCUCCUUUCUAAUUCAUCUCAGCCCUUUGGGUAGAAGCGGGUUGGAAAAGCUCCAUCCCUUCCAUCUCCGAGGCCAUUUUCUCUCCCAGGGGAGCUCCCCAAAUCCAUGGGGGAAGAAUGGGUGGGCCUACCCGGAGAGUCUGCCCUGGCCUUGGAGAUGUGAUGGGACAAGACAGAUCCCUCCCUGCCCUCAGCUCCGGGAGAACUCGUGGGCAAAGUUUUCUUUGAAUAAGAAGGAACUUUCCCUAGGACUUCUCCUGAUCCCACCCCCUUCCUUUUUUCCUUAUCACUCUUUCCCAGAGACCACUGGGCUGCCCUCCUCACCUUUCCCUUGAUUUAACAACCACUGUGCCAUCAGAGUUCCCUUAUCCCGCCCUCCCAGGACAGGGGUCAGGCCAGGCCCCACUGCCCCCCACUACUGUACAGAGACCAAGAGCAGAAAUUGUUUGUAAAUAAUGAACCUUAUUUUUUAUUACUGCCAAUUCCCUAAGAUAUUGUAUUUUAGAAGCCACCCCCCUAUGCCCCAUUUCCUCCCCACCCCGUUUUUUCCCCAUUUUGUAUUUUAUGAAGUUAGUGCGGGCUUAGCUACCCCUUCCUUCCUGGAACCUGGGGGGAGGGGGACACUCUCCCCUCUCCCCCUCCCCCCGGCCUCCCCAUGCUGCCCUGCUGCUGGGCCUUUUCAGUUGCCUCCCUCCUCACUCCAUCAGCUGAGCGCACGCUUUAGAGAAGCAAAAUUAAAACAAAAAAAAAAGAUUCAGCAUCAA